CGGCGAGUUUCCGGUUGGGUUGUCAUGGUGCGUUGUGGACUCGUGGUUCUGAGGAAGUAUGGCAGCUUUAUUGACAAUCUCAGAGUUUAUGUUCGUGGGGGGAGCGGUGGAAUGGGACUCCUUCGACUUGGUGGUGAAGGCGGUAAAGGUGGUGAUGUCUGGAUUGUAGCACAAGAUGGAGUAACCUUGAAGAAGAUCAAGGAUAAAUAUCCAGAUAAACGCUUUGUGGCUGGUGUUGGUGCUAACAGCAGCAUUCGAUCACUUAAAGGCACAAAAGGAAAUGAUUGUGAAAUUCAUGCCCCAGUUGGAAUUUCACUCACUAAUGACGAUGGGGAAGUAAUAGGUGAACUAAACAAAAAAGGAGAUCGGGUAAUUGUAGCCCAUGGUGGUCGUGGUGGUUCAUUUGCAACUAACUUUCUGCCUUCCAAGGGCCAAAGUAGAAUUAUACGGAUGGAUUUGAAGCUAGUAGCUGAUAUAGGAUUGGUUGGGUUUCCAAAUGCUGGGAAAUCUUCAUUAUUGAGCCAGCUGUCUCAUGCUAAGCCUAAGAUUGCAGAUUAUUCAUUCACUACCAUGAGGCCAGAAAUUGGAAAGUUACUGUACAGUGAUUACAAACAGGUAUCAGCAGCUGAUUUGCCUGGUUUGAUUGAAGGUGCACACUUAAAUAAAGGGAUGGGUCACAAGUUUCUUAAACAUGUGGAGAGGACCAAGCAGCUGCUUUUUGUGGUGGAUGUGACUGGAUUUCAGCUUUCAUAUAAAACACCUUUAAGAACAGCUUUUGAAGCUAUACAACUAUUAACAAAGGAGUUGGAGCUAUAUAAGGUAGAGCUUUUAUCGAAGCCUGCACUAUUAGCUGUAAACAAAAUGGAUUUGGAGAAUGCUGAAGAGAAGUUUAAAGAACUGAUGCUACAGCUUCAGCAGCCUCAAGCUUUCUAUCAUUUAUUACCAGAGGAGAUGGUUCCCUUGAGACCGGUCCAGUUUAACCACAUAAUCCCAGUCUCUGCUUCGACUGAAUAUGGAAUUGAAGAACUGAAGAACUGCAUUCGAAAAUCAUUAGAUGAUCAAGAUGAUCUAGAAAAUGAACAGUACCACCUUGGAAAACUGCAGAGUUUGCGUUUAAACACUUUCAAAUGUACCUAGAACUUGUAAAGUUGCUAGUUAUUAGUAUGAGUCUUCCACAUUGGAGAGCUGAGAGGCUCAUGAAUAUAUUUAAAUUAAAUAGUUGUUUGGCAGUACAGAACUUGAAUAUAGCUGAAGAAAGUGAAUAUGCUGUCGAAGCUUUUCAUCCUGCAUCAUCAGGCAGAACAGUUCGCAAGAAUACCGAUAGAAGAGGGAACAGCAAUUUAUAUUGCAUGAGAAGAGAUUGCUGAUUUGUUGCAUCUUUUUCAACCAGAAAAAAGCUUGGAGGACAGCUAUUCCUUGGUUCAUUCUCCAUGGUAAUGCCUUGACCAAUCAGAAUUGGUGCCUUGUUUGAAUUUGAACAAAAGCUCGGCAGUUAACUGUUCCCUGAUGUAUCCUCCAUGGUAACGCCUCUACCAAUAAGAGUCCACGUGCCAACCAAUCAGCACUCUUCUCAUGCAGUAUAAAUUGUGGUUCCCUUUACUAUUGUUACUCUUGUGAACUCUUCUGAUACGUACAAGACGAAAAGCUUAAACAGCAUGUCUCUUUUUUCCUGCACUAUUCAAAUCAGUAUCCUAUGCUGCAGUUAGAUUCAUGUGGGUCAGGGCUAGAGGAAAGGUGGCAGGAUUAGUUGCAAGUCAAUCUUUCAUACCUGACAUCAUUAAAGCUGUUACAUUUGCAGGUACUUCCUCAGUUCAUUACGAACUAUGAAUUUACGGAACCAUACAGCACAAAAAGGGGAUUAUUUGAUCCAUGGUGCCAGAACCAUCUAUUGGCUGCACUGCUCUGCUCCUUACCUAUAGCCUACAAAUGUUUCCUUUUUGUGUAUGUAUCUAUUUUUAUUUUGGAAAAUUAUUAUUGAGUCAGCUUCCACCAUCUUUUCAGGUCAAUAAUUCUAGAUCAUUAUAACUCAUGUAAAAUGUUUGCUUUUUUCAGCAUCUUUACCCCUCAACCAACCCUAUCCUACUUGUUGGAGGAGGAUUACAAUUGAGGUGUUGUAGUCCCACCAACCAGAAUUUCUAAAAUCUGAUAUUGCAUGACAAUAGAUAGUUUGGUAUUGUGACUUUGAUACUCUCAACUUGGAAAAGGAGAAGUUUAUGAUGAAUACUACAGCUAUACUCUAUUGGCAUGAAGAAGAAGAUUAUCAGCAGCAAGAGUGCUAGGAAGGAAUUGCAGGUGGACAGCAGAGAAUGCAACAACAAAGGGGGGGCCAUACAGGAAUGGUUUGAGGGACACAUUUUAAUGUGUUUCAAAAGUAAUGAAUAAAACUAAUGAAACACCCAUAUGUUAACCCUCAUUAAUCUAUCUAAGCUUUCUCUUUCUAUCAUUUGCUAGAAGAGUAUUAUCCCAGUGGCUUCAGCAGAGAUAGUGGAAAGCUGCUGGGUAUUUUCCUCAAGCUCCCCUGAUAUCCUCUGAGUGUUAGAGCCUGUGUGCAUUUCUGCUGGGGUAUGUAAUGUAUUAUUUUAAUAAAUUUAUUGUAAUGCAGCAAUUGGUGUCAUGUUCAGGCUGCAGGGGAAACCACAGUAAACGCUAGAAACCUCACUCUAAAUCCAGUAAGGGGCACCAUUAGACAUUCCAUGGUAUAUAUUACACUGUGCUUGACUGAACAGUAAACAUAAAAUAAAUGUCAAUGUCCCAGCCUAUUCUGAGUUUCAAUUCUGGGAAUGAUGACUAAGUACCUGCUACCAACACAGCAGUAAAAAGCUAACCUGUAUAAAUCUAUUAACAAUGCCAUGGAAGAUCCAGUCAUAUUUAAUUAACAUUUAGCCAUGAAUGUCAGGCAGGUUCUAUAUGGGCAGCUGACUCACAAGCUUCAUGUCUGAGCAGCAAGUUAAAAACAUCAUUUGCAACUGUUACUGAACAACCAAAUAAAGACAGCAUUCCAUUUCAGAGGUGGUAAUGUCAUUAACAUGCAAGUCAGCAGAUCCAAGUUAACUGGAAGUAAAUUUUUAUUAAGAUAAUAUAUUACAAUUAUUGUUUCAGAAAAGCAUGAGAAUUAAUCUCAAAUGUCGCAUUAUGUACAACAGUGUGAUAAUGUACAUGGCUAAUAGAAGCUUAAUACUCAGCCAAAGAAAAUGAGCUUUUUCUAGGUCAACACAUGGCCAGCAAGUAAUAUACAAUUCCAUAAUUGGUGCUACAUUCUAUAACUGUUUCAUAAAAGCAUAUGAAGUGAGUGUAAAAUGGACUGAAAAGUGAAGAAAUGUAAAUGGCAACAUUUUUAUACAGUGUUACCUCAACUGUUUCUCACUCAAUGACAUUAAGAAUACAGCCGGCCUGUUACAAUGGCAUCUACAACACUACAGCCAAAGACAAAUAUUGAAGCUGUUAUUUUUAAAAAAGGCAUUUCAUAAAUUAUAAGGUGACGUGACCUUGUUACCUUUUUGACAUGCAGAGUAUAUGGUAAAUUUCAAACAAUAUUUUACAGUACGAUGGAUUGGUGUAAAGAGUACAGUCAGUGGCUGAAAAUAUAAGGAACAAGUUAUCAUACACUUUCAAUACCCUGUAAUAAUAAAUAAGUAUCAAAUAGAAA